GUCCGAGGAAGACAAGCAGCUGCAGGAUGAGCUGGAGAUGCUGGUGGAGCGCUUGGGGGAGAAGGAUACGUCCCUCUAUCGCCCUGCCCUGGAAGAGCUGCGGAGGCAAAUCCGUUCUUCCACGACCUCCAUGACCUCUGUUCCCAAACCCCUCAAAUUCCUGCGGCCGCAUUACGGCAAGCUGAAGGAGAUCUAUGAAAACAUGGCUCCCGGGGAGAACAAGCGCUUCGCAGCAGACAUCAUCUCCGUUCUGGCCAUGACCAUGAGCGGGGAGCGCGAGUGUCUGAAGUACCGGCUGCUGGGCUCCCAGGAGGAGCUGGCGUCCUGGGGACACCAAUAUGUCAGGCACCUGGCAGGAGAGGUGGCCAAGGAGUGGCAGGAAAUCGAUGAAGCUGACAAGGCCCAGAGGGAAACAUUGCUUACCCUGGUCAAGGAGAUUGUCCCCUACAACAUGGCUCAUAAUGCGGAGCACGAGGCCUGUGACCUGCUCAUGGAGAUUGAGCAGAUGGACAUGCUGGAGAAGUACAUCGACGACAACGCCUACUCCAAAGUGUGCCUCUACCUGACGAGCUGUGUAAGCUACGUCCCAGAGCCGGAGAACUCGGCUCUGCUGCGCUGCGCCCUGGGCAUCUUCCGCAAGUUUAACCGUUACCCUGAAGCCCUGCGCCUGGCCCUGAUACUCAACGAUGUGGAGCUCGUGGAGGACAUCUUCACUUCCUGCAAAGAUGUAGUUGUCCAGAAGCAGAUGGCUUUUAUGCUGGGCCGCCACGGGGUCUUCCUGGAGCUGAAUGAGGAUGUGGAAGAGUAUGAGGACCUGACUGAGAUCAUGUCCAAUGUUCAACUCAACAGCAACUUCCUGGCUUUGGCCAGAGAGCUGGACAUCAUGGAGCCCAAAGUGCCAGAUGAUAUUUACAAAACCCACCUGGAAAAUAACCGGUUUGGAGGCAGCGGUUCCCAAGUGGACUCGGCGCGGAUGAAUCUGGCCUCCUCCUUUGUAAACGGCUUUGUGAAUGCUGCCUUUGGCCAGGACAAGCUGCUGACAGACGAUGGCAAUAAAUGGUUAUACAAGAACAAGGACCACGGUGAGGGAGUCGCUGGGGCAGGCGUUGGAGCUUGUCUGUUCUGGGGAAUAGGUAUAAAUUAUGGAGUGACAUUAGGUGUAGAAAGAUAUAUGUGUUGAUAGUUGGUGUGUGACAGUGCUUCUGCUUUGUAGUCGGGAGCCCUUCUGGCUUGUGGCAUCGUCAACUCAGGUGUGAGGAACGAGUGCGACCCUGCCCUGGCCCUCCUGUCAGACUACGUCCUCCACAACAGCAACACCAUGAGGAUUGGAGCCAUUUUUGGGCUGGGACUAGCCUACGCGGGCUCCAACCGUGAGGACGUCCUGACUUUGCUGCUACCUGUGAUGGGAGACUCCAAGUCCAGUAUGGAGGUGGCUGGUGUGACUGCCCUGGCCUGUGGGAUGAUAUCUGUGGGUUCCUGCAAUGGUGAUGUCACCUCAACCAUCCUCCAGACCAUCAUGGAGAAAUCAGAAGCAGAGCUGAAGGAUACGUAUGCUCGGUGGUUGCCCCUUGGCCUGGGUCUGAACCACUUGGGGAAGGGAGAGGCAAUUGAGGCCAUCUUGGCAGCGCUGGAGGUGGUGUCAGAGCCAUUCCGCAGCUUUGCCAACACGCUGGUGGAUAUCUGUGCCUAUGCAGGCUCAGGGAAUGUCCUGAAGGUGCAGCAGCUCUUGCACAUCUGCAGUGAGCACUUUGACUCUAAGGAGAAAGAGGAGGACAAGGAUAAGAAAGACAAGAAAGAGAAAGAGAAGAAGGAAAGCUCAGCUGACAUGGGAGCCCACCAGGGUGUAGCAGUGCUGGGGAUCGCACUCAUUGCCAUGGGUGAGGAGAUUGGUGCAGAGAUGGCCCUGCGUACGUUCGGCCACCUGCUGCGGUACGGGGAGCCGACCCUCCGCCGAGCUGUGCCUCUGGCCCUGGCGCUCAUCUCCGUCUCCAACCCCCGGCUCAACAUCCUCGACACCCUCAGCAAGUUCUCCCACGAUGCUGACCCCGAGGUCUCCUACAACUCCAUCUUUGCCAUGGGCAUGGUGGGCAGUGGUACCAACAACGCCCGGCUGGCAGCGAUGCUGCGACAGCUGGCCCAGUACCAUGCCAAAGACCCCAACAACCUCUUCAUGGUGCGGCUGGCCCAGGGCCUGACCCACUUGGGUAAGGGGACUCUUACCCUGUGCCCCUACCACAGUGAUCGCCAGCUCAUGAGCCAGGUGGCUGUGGCCGGGCUGCUCACUGUCCUUGUGUCCUUCCUGGACGUGCGCAACAUUAUCCUGGGCAAGUCCCACUACGUUCUCUACGGGCUCGUUGCUGCUAUGCAGCCCCGCAUGCUGGUCACCUUUGACGAGGAGCUGCGACCGCUCCCCGUAUCGGUGCGGGUAGGACAGGCUGUGGAUGUGGUGGGCCAGGCAGGAAAGCCAAAAACCAUUACUGGCUUCCAGACUCACACAACGCCAGUGCUGCUGGCCCAUGGCGAGCGGGCAGAGCUGGCCACGGAGGAGCAUGUGCCCGUGACCCCCAUCCUGGAGGGUUUCGUCAUCCUACGCAAGAACCCCAACUACGAUGUUUGAGGCAGCGGGGCCAGGGAAAG